GUAUUUGCAGUGACCAUAACUGAAAACACUGUUCAGAUUUCCACGAUCGAUAUAACAUUGGGCGACCUCACAAUCAAUGCGGGGGUUUACUAUUCUAUUGUUAACAGUGCUCUUGUGACUUUGGCAGGAAGUGUUACCAAUGCUGGUGGCUUCUAUGUUACAAGUGCCAAUGGGCUAGCCGCUUCCGUGGUGAUGACUGGUAGUUCUUUCGUGAACUCUGGAACUUGUGCUUUCAACUCCUUAUCCGCCACCGUCCUCUCCACAUAUGAUAUUGCUACUCUUGGCUCUUUCCUGAAUACAGGUGAUAUGUAUUUUGGUAUAUCCGGUGCUACCAUUGUAGGAACGCCAUUCAUUGUCACUUCAGUAACAUCGUGGUCGAAUGACGGAAUGAUGGUUUUCCGAAGAGCCUCUGGAGAUAGCGCUUUGUUAGUAAUAGAGCAAGUGGUUGGAUCUGGGGGACUCUCAACUAUUCUGAACGAUGGUUCGAUCUGUUUGUACAACACUUACUGGUUACAAACCACCAGUAUUGUUGGAAGUGGUUGUAUCACCGUAGGUUCGGGUUCGGAGAUGCAAUUGCAGUUGUCCGUGGGCACUCUCUUGUUUUCAGUGGCAGAAAGCCAAACCAUCUACCUAGCAUCUUCCGACUCUGUAUUGAGCAUUCUCGGCUUGAGCCUAUCUUUGUUACCUGACAACACCAUAACCGUUGCAGGCUUUGGAAAUGGAAACAAAAUUGAACUUGACAUUCUAUUCCUUUCCUACACAUAUUCCUCGACAACAGGAAUAUUGCGACUCACUUUAGCCAUCUUGCUUUCAGUGGAAAUAUACAUUGGACCAGGGUACAACAGCCUUUACUUCAGCACGGCUAGUACCUUACUCAGCAAGAGUAUAAGCUACAGUCGCUCGCCGCCCAAUGCGGCUCCCGCCAUUUGCGCAUGCUCCUACAACUUCCCAGAGGUCACAACCACUGCCCUAUCCUCAUCUACAUCCACAACCUCGGUUAACUCCGAUGGGUCGGUUGAGACGGCAAGUGGAGUUGUGAUUGUGAAUACCGAUUCAGCUGGAGUGGUGACGACAACUACGUCGAUCAUU